AUGUUAACUAAAAGUCCUCGUACAUUUGGUACAUAUGAACGAUUUCUUUAUUUUCUUCAUCGUCAUAUAUCAUACGAUUCAAUCAAAAGCCAUGAUAAUUAUAAUUAUUUGAAACGAAGUAUUUUACCAACAGACCAUUUUCAAUAUAGUUUACCACGUUUACCAAUACCAAAAUUAGAAUUAACAUGUGAACGUUAUUUAACAGCUCUUAAACCUAUACUUAAUAAUGAUGAAAAAUCCUUUGAACUAACACGUCAAUUAGUUGAUGAUUUUCGUAUGGGUGAUGGUAAAAGACUUGAUGCUCAAUUACGUCAAAAAAAUCGAGCUAAUCGAUAUACAUCAUAUAUAUCAAAACCAUGGUUUGAAAUGUAUUUAAAAUCACGUUUACCCCUAAUAUUAAAUUUUAAUUAUUUUCUUGUUCUUACUGAUGAUCAACAACAAUUAACACCAGCGGCCCGUAUUACAAAUUAUAUUGUAUCAUCUGUGCGUUUUAUGAAUUCGCUUCGAUCUAAUUGGCUUGAUCCAGAAAUAUAUCAUUUAGAUCCAACGAAAACAAACACUGAUCGAUUUCGAAAAUAUCUUCGUUAUAUACCUAAAUUUGUUUCAUUUUAUGGUGCUGCUCUACAAAAAGCAUAUCCAUUAGAUAUGUCACAAUAUCAUCGUUUAUUUAAUUCAACUCGUAUACCAAAAACUGAUUGUGAUUUACUUGUUACUAAUAAUGAUAAUGUUCGACAUAUUAUUAUUAUUAAAAAAGGUCAUUAUUACAAGGUAAAUAUUUUAGAAAAAAAUGGACAACUUUUACCAGCUGAAAAAAUUGCAUCAAUGAUGAAAUAUUUAUGUGAAGAUUUAAAUGAAGAAGAAAAUAAAUAUCCUUUAGGAUAUUUUACAGCUGAUAAACGUGAUCGAUGGGCAUUAAUACGUGAACAAAUCGAAGCAAUUUCGGAACAUAAUAAACAAAUGUUCAAAGAAAUUGAUAGUGCAAUCAUGCUUGUAUGUUUAGAUGAUGAUGAUCCAUCAAAAUUAAAUAAAUCACUUAGUAAAGUACAACGUGUGCAAUAUGUAUCUGGCAAAUAUUUAUGUAAUAAUGCAUUAAAUCGUUGGUAUGAUAAGUCAUUUAAUAUGAUAAUGCUAACCGAUGGAACAUUAGGUUUACAUUGUGAACAUGCAUGGGGAGAUGGUGUUGCUUUACUACGUUUUUGUAAUGAUAUUCAUAAAGAUGUUAACGAACAUGGAAAAAUAAAUUCAUCAAAUUAUCAAUUAAUUAAAUCAUCGACACAUGAUUGCAUUGAAAAACUUGAAUUUAAUUUAAACGAUAAAUUAAUUAAUGAAUAUCAUAUAUCAAAAAAUAAUUAUGAUGAAUUUAUAUCAAAAUUAAAUAUAAAUAUUUAUCAAGAAUCAGUUCUUGGUAAAAGUUUACUGAAAAAAUCUGCUCUUAGUCCUGAUGCUAUAAUGCAAUUAGGCAUUCAAAUGUCUUACUAUAAAUUGUAUCAUCGUUUUGUAUCAACAUAUGAAUCAUGUUCAACAGCUGUUUAUAAACAUGGUCGUACAGAAACUAUACGACCUAUAACAAAUGAAACAAAAAAUUUUAUUGAAACAUUAACAAAAUCAAACGAUAAGAAAUUAAAAAAAGCUUUAUUAAAAAAAUGUUCUGAAAAACAUCAACAAUUAAUUAAAGAAGCAGCAACUGGUGAAGGUUUUGAUCGACAUUUAUUUGCAUUAAAAUAUUUACAACAAAUUGAAAAUCAAGAAAAUCAUUUACAUCCAAUUUAUACUGACAAAUCAUAUCAAUUAAUGAAUCAUAAUGUUCUUUCAACAUCAACAGUUGUUUCAAAACAUAUUGCUGCUGGUGGUUUUGGUCCUGUUGUUAAUGAUGGAUUUGGUAUUGGUUAUUUAAUAGAUGAUGAUCAAUGUGGAUUAUUAGUUACAUCAUAUAUGAAAAAUGAAUUAACUAAUUUUAUGGAAGCAGCUAAUGAAAGUUACAAAGAACUAGCAAAUAUUAUUAAAGAAUAA